AUGAAAUUGAAAGUAGAAAGAAAACAUCUGUCUAAUUUGGCCAGUUUAUUGCCGUCAGGAUGGAGACCAGAAACGACCAAUGAGUCGAGGUUUCCAAUCUGAAUACUUGUUAUAUGUGAAGAAGCGGGAUGAGGAGUUGCAGAGUGUUGAAACUCAGCAAGGAAAGCAUGCAGGAGUGAAACCAUUGAAUGUUAGUUGCACCUUAGCGAAUGUUGUGAGGGAGCAUGGUCGAUUAGUGAUACAGAGACCAGGCCUUGAUGUGAGUCGAAGUCCAAGUGAAAGGAGAAGGAAAGGCAGGGAAGUCAAAGAGGUUUUGAAUGUUAGUGAAGGAAGAAAAAAGAAGUUCGGCUUUCCUGCUAGAGAGAAAGAAGUUGUUGAGAAGAAAGAGUCUGUAGGGUUAGGAGGACAGGACCAGAGUGGGGAAAAGGCACGAUCAUUGCGCUGUGCGACUUGGAGUUGUGACCCAGGCCCAGGCUUACAACCUUCAUCUUCGCCAGUUAGGGAGCCUGAACCAUCAACAUCCAAUUCUGGAGACUGGUUAAGAUCUAUUGCUGGGGGGUCACAUGAUCCUGAUCCCGAGUAUGAAAUUGAGGACGUCAGUGACACAGAUACAUCGACAAGUCUCACUACUACUACUGACUCGGAGGAACGAAUUGCAAAGACUCUAGAGGAGAGAGUUCUGGCGACUCAUGUACAUGUAGAGAGCAAGCCACAAGAUGUCUGUCUUCCUAAGAGUCCAGCUAAUGUGAAUAUGCCCAGUACAAAAUCAACGGAGAAGAAAAUAGUGGUGGAGUCCCUUCUAGCCAACAGGCCUAAGAGAAUUGUUGUUCCAAAGUCACCUGAGGACGCCACAGGUCUGUCGUGGACAGAAGAGACCCAGUUAAAGAAAGCAUUAUACGCAUCUCUUCAGGAGAGUCGGCUUCAGCGACAGACGUCCAAGCAGAGUGACGUAACUGACGGCGAUUUUCCGCAUGAGGGAAGCAUUGAAAGCACUGGUGACGAAUUUCAGUUCCCCAGUAGCUUUAAGUUAGACGAUAUGGUGGUGAAGCGUGGGAGGAAAAGGAAGCUCGAGUCUGAGACGAGUAGCGUCUCCAGCAUGGCUACUUCGUCUGCGAUGAGUCCUACGAAGGAACAACCAAAAUAUAUCAAACCGGAUGCAUUUGAUCUGAAAAAAGCCCAAGUCAGGGCGCAGAGAAAGUUUGCUCAGGGAUCACGACCAAACAGUCCUAAUAUUACCCCAGUCAAGAUAAAGCCUGGAGUUGCCUCACUGCCAGUUGUGGCGCCAUGCAAACGAGCCAGGACAGAGGAUUUCCUAACCUUUCUCUGUCUGAGAGGAACUCCAGCCCUUCCGUCUCACUUGGACUUCUUCAACUACCCACCUGAAUAUACUGAUGACAUAGCCAGUACAGUAUCGACACCGAAACAUUCCAGAAAGUCCUUCCUCAAGCGAGACGUCCGCAGCAAUUCGCCACAGUCGUCGGGAAGUAGUACAGCGGAUCGGCGUGACGUCUCGGACAAGACUGGAGACCUUGGCGUCAAACCUAUGAGAUUGGGAUCACCCCCAAAGCCACUAAAGAAGAAGAAGAAGCAGAACAAAGAGCCACCUAGCCUGGUCCCAUCUGUCACUGCGACCUUGAAAUGUCCUCCAAAGGUUCUGACACCUACACCACUAAAGGCAAUGACGCAACUCAAGCCUCGCAAGAAGAAAGUGGAUCUCAGUUUACAAGGUCAGGUCAAAGUUGAGGAGGAUGUUGAGGAAAAGAGACCUCGGCUUAGGACGUUGAGGCAGCCAUUGCGACGUGGAGGUCCUAAAACACGUGCGUUCUUCCUGGCGAAGAAUGCCCGGCGAACAGUACGCCGCAAAGUGAAGGUGAUGAAGACGGAGGAGCUUGACGAUGUCGAUGUUGUCUCAGUCGACUUGGAGGAGAUCCAGGAGAAGGCAGCAAAGAGACUUAGAGCACAAAAAGUUAUCAAACGCACAAUUAAUAAACUCAGACAUACUGGUAAAUCCAAACGUAAUCAACCCCGUUCUCUCAGGUCUUCGACAAUGGUUCAACGGAGCAGCACUCUAGAAACUGAACCAGCUGAACCUAUUGUCAGGGAGACACGAAGCAGGGUUUCACUUAGCCCAAGCUCUCGCCCGGCACCACUGCUGCCUGAAACAAGGAUGAAGCGUCCUGUGGGACGCCCAAGAACUAUCAAACUUGAUCUGCCAGUUAGUCCAAGGAUUACUCGCCAAACAGGACCUCAAGUAAAACCUCCUGAAUCACCUAGCAGCAGACGGAGCCGUCCACUUAGAAGAAUACAUGUUGAAUCGUUACCGGAUGACCUGUUUGAUUUUGAAGAUCCACCGCAUGAGAGUCGGUCACCAAGACGAAGAAGAUCUGAUGCACGACCCCAGAAUCUACCCCCUAGACCAACAAGGACUCGCCGGCAGUCCUACGGGAGUUCUAUUGGAACAAGAAGUCUCAGCUCUGAAAGUCAUAGGUCAACUUCAAGAGAGUCGUCACCAGAGAAAAGGACAAGAUCUGGUACCCGGUCCUCUCCUAGGAUAAGGGUACAUCCAGGGGUGGUAGAAGAACAGCCAAGUUCAAGACCGGUGACACGUAGAAGUCGUGCAAGUUAUAGCGAGUUAUCUCUUGAUGUGAGCGGAUUCUCUGAUGAUCCUGAAUCCCAUCCCAAGUCGCCGUCCGUUCGAUCCACAGCAAGUGGGAAGUCAGUGUCCAGUGUCUCCUCUCUCAGAUACUCCAUCAAAAGUGGAGAGUUAAGUCCUGUGGGGAGCAGAGGUCGCAGUGAAAAGAGUCAGGCUGGUAAACUGGCUACUGCUUCAGCUAAUACCCUAGUGGUAGCUUCUGCUUCGAAACUGACACCUUCUACCAAACAGUCCAGCACAAGCUCUGCCAAACAGAAUACCCCUGGCAAGCGGCCCGCAACUCCUUUUGGGAGACAAGGUGCCACCCCUUCAGAUAAACAUGAUAAGAUCUCUACAGAAAUGCAAGUUACCACUCCAACUAAAAGACAUACUGUUGCCUCAACAGGGCAACAAGGGGUUACCCCAGCAGAAAAAUCAGCUGUUAGCCCAACUAGAAGGCAGGCUGUUAAUGCUCAGGGGAAACAAGGAGGUUCACCGACUAGAAAAAAAGCAGCUAGCCCAACUAGAAAACCGGCAGUUAGCCCAACUAGGAAACAGACUGUUGUCACCACAGGAACAGAUCUGGUGAUCCCAACAGGAAAACAAAUUGUCACGACAGCUGGAAAACAGGCCAUUACUACGACAGUAAGACAGCAGGUUGCCCCAUCUCGAACCAUUAUCUUGUCAGGAAAACCUGCUGUUACCGCUUCUGGAAAAAGGACUAUAAUUCUAACAGGGAAAGAGGCGGUUAUUCCUGAUGGUGCUGCUACUGCUGGGGAACAGGAUGCUAUCUCACAAGUGGGCGGACAUGUUGCCACAUCAACUCAAAGGCCAACUACACAGGAUGCCAGCCCAACCCGCAUACAGGCUCGUGCUCAAACAGGAACUGGUAGCCCUUCAGGAAAGCCUGCUUAUACCAAUGCUGGAAUGUCACAUGCUGUGCCUUCAGGACCAGUUUCUCCUACGAGAAGAUCGGCGAUGGCCACGGCUUCUGCAACUGGGAAACAAGGAGCUGUUUCAGUCAAAGCACGUUCCCCAGCGAGUGAUGCCCCUGCUCAAAAACCAGUACCUGCUUUGGUUAAGACUUCCACAAUGACAAGUGCUUCUCCCUCUGACAACCAGACUCUUGCCUCACCCGGCAGACAAGUUACAAAUGCAAGUAGGAUGUUAAGUCCGUCUCAUUCUAAGGGCACAUCAACCGCUCUUGCACCACGAGACACAUUGGCUGCUACAAGUCCGAGGGUACCGCAUGUUACACUCUCUCCCAAGGGUAGCCCUACCACUCCUAAAGCCUCACAAAUAACUGUCUCACCAAGGGGAACUGUUACGUCUAUCUCACCAAGGGGCACCCUUGGGUCAUCAACACAAAGGGUUUCCAGUGCUUCUGCAUCACCUAAAUCUGUAACUGUUCCAAGGCUUUCACCAGUAACCAUCGCACCAAGGACGAUUCCAGUAACCAUUAUGCCCAAGGGUUCCCCACUCACUACUUCUCCUAAAACUACUUCCCAUACCUCCCCGAAAGGUUCCUUGUCAACCGCAGUGUCUCCAAGAAAAAACACGACCGCAAAGCCUUCUUCCCAUGCACCUCAAAGCAUUCACUUCGUGACAAGUAAUAAGCCUAGUGUUUAUGUUCCUGGCAGGUCGACGAACAUUGGUGCCAGAAUAGCCGCCAAUCCAAAGCUGAACUACCGAACUACGUCAACCAUUGGCAUGGCCAGUAUGACUAAGGCUAUUCCUCUGGCAGCAAGACCAGGGACGAUCGUCAAACCUUCUGCAGCAGGUAUCAAGAUUCCUGCUUCACCUGAAAAGACUUCUGGUGUGAAUAUGCUGCUCAAGUUUGCUUCUUCAGCUGCAAGGCCACCAACAAAUAUUGCGAGUUCUGCUCUGGAAAACAAAUCUGGGACUAAUGCUGCUAGUGUUUCUAGUAAACCUUUGCUGUUCGCAACUAAAGCUGCCAAUUCUCAUACCUCAUGUGUUCAAUCUAAUCUUGCCAAUAAGUCACAAGUCCAGAGCAAAGAUGUCAACGUGAUGAGUAAUCUGGAAGGUGCUAAAGGAAAAUCUGCAGUAUCUAAAGCAGCGGAUCUGAAUAAGACCACAAAAGACACUUCUGUUAAAAUUAUGCCUCGAAAUGCAACUGCUACUGUGGUUAAAACGAGUUUGAAUUGUACUGUUGUUAAAUCAUCUAUGUCUGACAGACCCUCUGGGAGCACCCUAGCCCAAAGUAAACCUGUGGCCGCCAAUUCUGCACUGUCAACUGGUGCAAGUACAGCUACAUCUGCUACACCAGCAAUGACUGUGCCGUCUGCUACAAUCAUGAACCCUGCAGCAUGCGCUGAAACAACUACACAAAGGAGUCCACAAAAAUCAAAGGGUGAUGUACCAGUUCGGAGUUCUAUAGAAAUUGUCAAAGCCACAUCGCCUUCUCAUACUGAAGAUGUUCAGUUGUCUUUAGUUUCAAGUACAAGUGAGGUGGCUAGUAACACAAGCCGGCCAGUCACUCCUGUUGGCGGCAACAGUAAUACAAGCCGCCCAGUCACACCUGUUGGUGGCCAUGAUGCCACAAGUCGUCCUGUGACUCCUGUCGGUGCUUUGUCUGCAGGCGCACAGAAGGGGAAGAAUGGUCCUCCAGCAAAGAGGAAGAGGAAGGGACCAAAAACAAUACGUGAUUUAUUGGAGGCUCGUCAAGCUUCCUCGGUACCAAGAGACAACACUGAUUCUAACAGCAAGUCCACGUCUGUCCUCGUUACUCCCAAGAUGCCACAAUUGGGUAUGGUGGCGCCACCUGCAAUGGUUAACGUGAUGGUGCAGGGUAACAGUGUGCAGAGUGUGAGUUUACCUUGUAGCACACCACAUGUUCAACCUGUGCAGAUGGUAUCUGAAGGGGUACAGACAUGUGACGAGGAUAGGGAAGAGGGAGCUGAUCUACCAGUACUGACAUCUAGGAAAAGGAAGAUGGAAGACCAAGGUCAAGGUCAGCCGAUGGAGAAGAAGGUCAAGGACAAAGUCAGAAAGACAAAGGAUAAGAUGAAGAAGAUAAAAGACAUUGAACCGUCGAUAACGUAUGUGACGGAGUGUGGUCUGCCGACAAAGGAGCCCGAUAGCGAGAAGAUGAAGCGGGCCAGUCCAGAGAACCAGGCGCAGACUAGCACUAGCGGAGGAGGAGAGAGUCCUUCUGUUGAUGCACCGCCUAGAGCUGAGACACCUGUGCCUGAGGGGGCUCAGCAAGCUGGUAAGAAAAAGACAUCUGUCGGAAGGAAAAGAGGCAGGCAAUCGUACACAAUCGGAAAGGGAGUUCGAACAUCGCCGGCAACUGUGGAGGAUAUAUUGGAAGCUGCCAAGAAUGAACCACCUGCAUUGAAGGUCAAGUUCCCACCAACAGAUGGCACUGCGUGUAUGUUUGACACUCCACUGUUUAUGCCAACUGAACAAGAAUUCCAGGACCCAAUGGCUUAUAUUGCUAAGAUUCGACCUGAGGCCGAGAAAUACGGCAUGUGUCGCAUUCAACCACCGCCAAGUUGGAAGCCUGACUGUAAAGUUCACGAUGAGAUGAGGUUCACGAGUCAGAUCCAGUACAUCCACCUGACGCAUCAUCGAUGGGGGCCGAACAGGGAGAAGAUGGCGUGCAUCAAGAAACAUCUGAAGUCACAGGCUGUCGACGUGGAACAGCUGCCCUUGAUUGGUGGUAUCGAAUUGGAUCUGCCUCGACUGGGUGCUACCAUCCAGGAGUUCGGGGGCCUUCAGCAUGUGCUUGAUAAGAAGAAGUGGAACAAAGUGGCAGACGUUAUGGGGAUUUCUAAAUUGGCACUUGACCGGACGACCAAACUGUAUGAUGCAUACUGUAAAUAUCUCCUGUCGUAUGACACACUCUGCAAGGAGGAUAAGGAGAGGAUUCGCACACAAGUCUUGGCCGAGAAGAACAGUGAAGAACUCGAGAAAGAGAAGGCAUGUGUGAUCAAGGGCAGGUCAAACUCGCUGUGUGGCUUCUACCGUGCAGCAAGGAACACCAUGGCCAUGUGGUUCAAAGAGGACCCCACGUCGGAGCAAUCGGAAAAUGAGUACUGGCGUGUGGUCGAGAGUGGACGCCAUCAUGUCGCAGUCCAGUGUGGUCAGGUGGACACGAGAGUCACUGGUAGUGGCUUUCCCAAUAGGAAGGAGAACCCAUACUCGCGCCAUCCAUGGAAUCUCAAUAUCCUAGCUAACAACAGUGGAUCCGUAUUGCGGCAUCUUGGACCAAUUCCUGGAGUUACCAUUCCCACCCUGUAUGUGCGCAUGUUAUUCACGUCUUCCUGCUGGUCCCGUGACCUCCAUCUCAUGCCAUACAUCGCCUACAUGCACAGCGGCUCAGAUCUCAUCUGGUACUCGGUUGCCAAAAGUCAACAUUCCAAGUUUAGGGAAGUCGUGACUGAAAUGUUUCCUGAGAGGGUAGAUGAUACGUCUGUAUGGCUCAAGAAAGAUAUGAUCAUGGUCCCUCCGAAGCAGCUGGUAGCCAGAGGUGUAUCAGUUACCCGUACCGUCCAGAAACAACGACAGUUCGUCGUGGUCUUCCCGGAGGUGUAUACUGCCAAUAUUAGUUGUGGUUACAGCAUAUCAGAACAGGUGAACCUGGCACAUCCGGAUUACUUACCACUUGGACACCAUGCUGCAAAGAUGCUGAAUGAGAGUGCUGUGCCUGAGCAGUUCCCUUAUGAGAAGAUGCUGAUAAGCCUGGCCAAGAAUGAGAAGGUCCCCAUGGAAGUCCUAUGUCUGCUUGUCCCACUGCUCGAGAAAGUUGUGGAGGAGGAACUUCAUUACCGCCAUCAGCUCCAGACGGCCGGUCUGAAACGUUCCGACCGUAUGUGUGUGAUCGACGAGCCGGUCCAAGCAAGUUGGAAGAAACGGCGCACGAUGGAUACGUCGGAGGAGGAAGAGAACAUCUGUGAAAUAUCGAAGAAGAUCUGCUUUAUCUCCAUGGUUGUGAAUGAAGCUGAGGAUAUCAUCUACUCGCUGCCACAUGCCAUGCCUCAUGUUCAAAAGAAGAAGAGUCUCAAGUCUUGUAAACUCCUGUACAGAUACAGUGAGGAUGAACUGAAACAGUUGUUGCACAGUGCCAAGGAGCGUCUGACAAACCCGCCAGAGGUCGCCCCCAAGAAACGCAAGUGUAAACCUGCUGCUGCUGCUGGUUCUGAGGCAGACACUGCGACAGAGGCUACAACUAGUCAGUGAGGCUGAUUGGAUCACAUGUAUCUUCUUGUUCUGUUUGGCUGCAUCAAUUUGUACCAGUGCACCCUAACUCGGUUACCCCAACAGCUUACUGGGUACCAGUUACUGGGUUGCCCCGAAUUAGCCAAAAAUGGGUUUGUUUGAACUGGUGUGCUGAUCUGAGCCCCUCUCUCAUAAGGUUCUGCAGAUGAAUACCGGUGUCUUGACAGAAAUCUAAACUGUCUGAAAAUUUCAAGUCUCAAACUUUUGUAGUGAAGCACUUUGUGGGUGCUUGAAACGUUUUAUCGCCUGGCAUUGAGUACAAUGAUCACUGGAUUACCUCUCAAUAAGAAUCAACCAUAUUCAACCUGAUGUUGAGAGUUUUUGAAAGCAAUCUGACAGUCCCAGAAUUGUGUUGGUUCUUUUUUUGAUCAAAAUCAAAUUUGAUAUCGACAAUGCUCUAUUUUAGUGUGCGACAUUGCUGGAAGAGACUUUAUAUGCAAUUAUAUAUUUUUGUUCCAUCUUCCUGUCAUUGACAGAGACUUAUGUAAGUUUGUUUUUACGAAAUCAUUAUUUUAACACGAUUAAAUCAUGAUUGAGAUAUGCCUGAAAAUUAUGCCUGUAUCUUUUAGCGUUGAAUUUAAGUUGUAACGUACACUGUAUGAUAAUGUAACAAAUGUCCCCCCUCUCUUUUGUAGCCUUACGAGGAAACGAUUAUGCAUAAUUGUGUUGAUUGUACAUCUGAGUGACAGAAAUCAGUACUGUACACCAUCAAAUUUUCAAGGACAUAAUAUUUUCGCUACCUCGGUUUGCAAAGAUGAAAACUGCUGGAAGGUGUUUUUAUUGGAAAUUCGUUAUUGAAUUUCUUUCAAAUUUUUGGCAUAUUUCAAAAAAAGAGGUGCAUGAAAAUUUGGUGGAUAAUGGUAUAAUUUUCAGUUUCCUUUCUGUUCAUGCUGGUUUCUGCUCAGGGGAUUUUGUUCGUUAAGAAAUCAAAGUUUGUUUAUUUUCAUUUUGUAUGAUGAUGACCUGUUUUCCGAGACAGAAGGAUGUGUAUCUUAUGUUUGUCAAUUUAUUUUGAUGUUUGCUUGGGUCAUUAAAUGACCAAAUUAGUGUACUGGGUGUCCCAGAAUAUGUACCGGUAAUUAUUAUUUCAAGUUCAUUUCUACCAUCUCAGUAAUGUUGGGACACCCUGUGUAAUUUCACCUUGAUUCAUUCUGUAUAUUUUGUACUGCAUUUUGCUUGAUUUGAAUUUCAACUCUUUGAAAGACAGAGUUGAAACUUUGGUUUUACUCUUGUCAAUUCCUGAGAAAGUGUGAUAUUCAAAUCUGAUGACCUCAAUAUAUUGUUGUCGUGACAUUUUAUUUUGUAAUACACUGAAGGGAAAUAAAAUCAUUUUUGCACAA